GACGUCGAAAAGAACAUGGCCACGCACGACGAGCGGGCGUCGACCUCGGACGAUAAGCGCGCUGUCCUUGGAGACUACUCUGGAGCCGUGGCCAAGUCAGACCCCGCCGAGAUCAAGCUUGUUCGGAAGCUCGACUGGUGGAUCAUGCCCAUGCUCUGGCUCAUGUACUGGCUCAACUAUCUUGACCGCAACGCCAUCACCUUGGCCCGGAUCAACGGUCUGGAGAAGCAGCUUGGCUUGGACUCGACCCAAUACCAGACAUGCGUGUCGAUCCUCUUUGUCGGCUACAUCCUCGGCCAGAUUCCCAGCAACAUGAUCAUCACGAGAGUUCGUCCGUCAUGGCUCAUGGGCGGCUUCAUGAUCGCGUGGGCCAUUGUCAGCACGUUGACUGCCAUCGCACACGACUUUACCGGCCUUGUCCUUACUCGCUUCUUCCUUGGUGUGGUCGAGGCACCAUACUACCCUGGUGCGCUGUACAUACUCUCCAUCUUCUACACGAGGAAGGAGUUGGCUACCAGAAUUAGCAUCUUGUACUCUGGCAACAUCCUGGCCACUGCCUUUGCCGGCCUGAUCGCUGCCGGUGUCUUCCACGGACUCGAGGGCGUCUCCGGGCUCGAGGGCUGGCGCUGGCUCUUCAUCCUGCAGGGCCUCGUCACCUUUGUCGUGGCCAUUGCCGCCUGCUUCCUCCUGCCCGACGAGCCCCUGACGACAUGGUGGCUGACCCCGGAAGAGCGACAGCUCGCGCACGACCGCAUCGCGCGUGACACCGUCGGCCUGUCGACCAACGUCUCCCCCUGGGCGGGACUCAAGGAGGCCAGCAAGGACCCCAAGGUUUGGGUGUUUGCCUUUAUGCAGCACAUGCACAUUGCGACCAACGGCUUCAAGAACUUCUUCCCGACCCUCGUCCAGACGCUCAAGUACGACGACACGAUCACCCUCGUGCUCACCUGCCCGCCCUAUCUCAUUGCCGGCAUCAUCUCGAUCGCCUGGGCCUGGUCGUCGGGCCACUUCAACGAGCGCACGUGGCACAUUACCAUCUCCAAGGCGGUUGCGCUGCUAGGGUUCAUCCUGGGCUGCGCCACGAUGAACACGGGAGCGCGAUACUUUGCCAUGUGCGUCUUCACCAUUGGCACCUACGGCGUCAACUCGAUCCUGCUCGGCUGGGUGGGUGCUACUUGCGGCGAGACCAAGGAGAAGAAGUCUUCUGCUCUGGCUCUGGCCAACGUGAGCGCCAGUCUGAGUCUGAUCUGGACACCAUACCUCUGGCCCACCUCCAGCGCUCCUCGCUAUGUCAUGCCGCUCUCCGCCAGCGCCGCGUUCUGUGUCGCAUGUGCCGCCGCGGCGUGGUACAUGCGCUGGAUGCUUGUCAAGGAGAAUCGGCGUAUUCGCCGUACCGAUUCCGAAGCUGUUCUAUAUUAUGCGUACUAGGCGGGACAGUGUUUCUCGUCACGGCUGGUCAAGGCGACAGGCUUUCGUCCAGUCCGACUGGCACGUGCAUAUUGUAGUGCAGUUGGUGUAUAUAAACAAGACUUAUUGUCUGCAGCUGGAAUAAUCUCUCUCAGCGUAGUGAGGUGUGUGCACCAACGGGCUGCUAUC